GUCACUGUGCGUCACAUUGAGGGUGUUCCCUGCAUGCAGGACGUCCAUAAUCAAUGACCAAACUCAGCAGCCAAUCAGUGGCGCGCAUGCUAAUAAGGAGGCUCUAAGCCUCCAGGACCUUCCUUAUGAAUCGGCGCUUUGCACACUGACCGGAUUUCAGCGGCGCACAGGCUGGAGGAAGAGCUGCUGAUCUCGGUCAAACUCAAACUUUCUUUCUUCCAACCACCUCCGAUUUUUCUUUUUACCUCAACAGACUUGCUCCAGCCGCUGACUCUCAGAGGAACAUACGGAUUUUGGUGAGCCUGGAAGAAGACUCUCUGAAUCUCUCUCUUUUUUUUUAGUUCAUUAUUUUUUUUUCCCACCCGGUUUUUUCCUGAGUUCGGUGGGGGGGAAGUUGGGACUGAAAUGUCUGGAGCUCCGGAUCAGACUCGGCGGUUCUGUGUGUUGUCGUGGGAUCAGGUGCAGCGUUUGGACUCGAUCCUGGGGGAGGCUGUCCCCAUCCACGGCCGAGGAAACUUCCCCACUCUAGCCGUGCAACCCCGACAGAUCGUCCAGGUGGUGCGAGCAAGGCUGGAGGAGAGAGGGGUGUGUGUGAAGGACGUGAGGCUGAACGGCUCUGCAGCCAGCCACGUGCUCCAUCAGGAGAACGGCCUGGGCUACAAGGACCUGGACCUGAUCUUCGGGGUGUCGCUAAAGGACGACCAGGCCUUCCGUCUGGUGAAAGACGUCGUCCUGGACUGCCUGUUGGACUUCUUGCCGGUCGGGGUCUCUAAGGAGCGCAUCACAGCGCUGACCCUCAAGGAGGCUUACGUGCAGAAACUGGUAAAAGUUUGCAACGACACGGACCGCUGGAGCCUCAUCUCGCUGUCCAACAACACGGGCAAAAACGUGGAGCUUAAGUUUGUGGACUCUCUGAGGCGGCAGUUUGAAUUCAGCGUGGACUCCUUCCAGAUUUGCCUGGACUCCCUGCUUUUGUUUGACCGCUGCUCGGAGACCCCCAUGUCGGAGAGCUUUCACCCCACCGUGAUCGGGGAGAGCGUGUACGGAGACUUCCAGGAAGCUAUGGAGCACCUGUGCCAGAGGACCAUAGCGACGCGAAGCCCCGAGGAAAUCCGGGGAGGUGGCCUGUUGAAGUACUGCCACCUGCUGGUGAGGGGCUUCACGGCCGCCUCCGAAGCGGACAUGAAGCAAAUGCAGCGCUACAUGUGCUCGCGCUUCUUCAUUGACUUCCCCGACAUAGGCGAGCAGCAGAGGAAGCUGGAGGCCUACCUGCAGAACCACUUCGCAGGCAUGGAGCACAAGCGCUACGAGUGCCUGAUGACUCUGCACAGCGUGGUGAACGAGAGCACCGUGUGUCUGAUGAGCCACGAGCGGCGUCAGACGCUCAGCCUCAUCUCCAUGCUGGCCCUGAAGGUGCUCGCCGAGCAGAACGCCAUCCCGACCGUGACGAACGUCACGUGUUACUACCAGCCGGCACCGUACGUGCAGGACAUCAACUUCAGCAAUUAUUACAUAGCACACGUGCAAGCGCCGCAGAUGAUGCACUGCAGUAAUUCAUAUCAGACGUGGCUGCCCUGUAGCUGAGCCCCGGCGUGUCCGUCGUCGUCGCCGCCGCGUCGGAGGACCCGGCGAGCGAAACCUGGGUUUGCCAAAUGUGACUCGCUUCAAACAAUCCUGUACUGCUGUACGCCCCGAUUGAGUUGACAAAUGAAUUCUCCUCACAUGGAAUUUUUUUUUUUUUUUUUUUUUUCAGAUGCAAAAAACAUCUGUAAGAUUGCUGGUCAUUUCUGAGAUGUAGCUUUAAUAUCUUAUUUAAAUAUAAAAAUGAAACAAGUCUUUAUAUGUUUUCGGAGAUACUUGUUUUGAUUGAACAUUGAGGCUGGUGUAAUUUUCUUACAUUUUUGAAAAAAAAAAGAAAACAAAAACAAAGAAAAACACACUUACUGGACCAAAGAUGUAUUUUUUUUUUUUUUGUUCUGAAAGGAAGCGAUGCUUUAAUUCCUUGUGCCUAAAAAGAACCACAAAAUGUUUGAUAAACAUUUGUAAAGCGACGACUGUGAAUUCAGUGUUUUCUAGAUUCUGUCUCUCUUUUCAGAAACAUAAGCAUUCAUUUUUGUGAGAAUAAAAAAAGAAAAAAAAGGAAAACCCA